AUGCACUCCGCUACUCUUAUGUCUGUUGCCGCCUUCCUGGCUGGCGUGAGCGCACACGGUGUUAUCCUCGCUGCUCAGGGUGAUGCGGGUUCGCCCGCCAGUGUUGGCUUCCAGGUCAACAACGCCCUCCCGCGCAACUGCACGACCAUCUCGCCGUGCCAGCAGGACACGACGCUGAUCCGCGAUGCCGAGAUUGCUGCCGGCACCGUCACCGAGUGUGGCCGGACUGAGCUGACGGGCAACAUUGACGUCAAGACCAGCACCGAAGACGCCAUCAGCUCUGGUGCUGUCACGUCGGUCGCUGCCGGCUCUCAGCUCACCAUCACCAUCCACCAGGUCAACGCCGACGGCGCUGGCCCCUACAGCUGCGAUCUCGACGAGGCCAGCGACUCUGGCGUCAUGUCUCACAACCUGACCGUGGCAAACAACAUCCCCGGCACAAACGGUCUGUCGCUGGCCAAGGAGCAGGAUUUCAACAUCACCGUCACCAUGCCCUCGACGCUGAACUGCAGCGGUGGCUCUACCGGAAAUGUGUGCACUGUUCGCUGCCGCAACAACGCUGCUGCCGGUCCCUUUGGCGGCUGCUUCGCCGUCCAGCAGACCGAUGCCACUGCCGCUGCCGCCACCACGACAUCAUCUUCUGCCAAGGCUUCCAAGACAAAGGGCUCCUCGGCGACCAGCACGGGCACCAAGAAGGGCAAGAACAACAACGCACGGGACCUUCUGUCCAACAGCAUGCGCUGGGCAAAGCGUGCUCUUCUGGAGAACGACUCCUAA